AUGCCCCCAGGGGCGGAGAUAGCGGAGCGGGCGGCAACACCCGAACCGAUAGGAAUGUUGAUCGUUCCUCCAGCACCACCCAACCCAGCACGCACGUCGGGCCGAAGCACGAAAGCGCCAACGACAUACGCUCAAGAACAGAAUAAGGAAGCAGUUGGGAAGCUCGAGAAACGUCACCGAAGGAACUCCCCCGAAACAAGCCUCCGAGGCAGCUCGACAACGGGAGACGUGGCAACCUAUCCAAGGGAACAGCCGACACAGGCAGGCGAUUCUAGACACGGUCAUUAA